AUGACAGUGUCUUCAGAAUUUCAAGUACACAGUUUAACAAGUUCAUUGCCUAUGACUGAAGAGAAGAAGAAAUUAUUCCAGCGUUACACUGAAGAGGACCAAGAAACUGCUAUCGUGAAGAGAUACUGCAAAGAAGUUUGGCCAGAAAGGAAGCAAGACACCCCAGAGAUAGUACGCCACUAUUGGAACCAAAGACAUAUGGUAUCUGAAGAAGAUGGUUUAUUGUUUUUAAAUCACAAACUGAUUGUGCCACGACAGCUACGACAGGACAUGCUUCAGCGAAUCCAUAUCGCGCAUGGAGGAAUUGAAAAGUGCAAAGCUAGGGCUCGACAGAUACUUUAUUGGCCACGAAUGGCUACAGACAUUGAAAGUUUUGUGGCUCGUUGCAGGAUAUGUGAAAGGUUUUCCAGGAGUAAUGCAAAGGAAACCCUUAUGCCGUAUCCUAUACCUACUAGACCAUGGGAGCGUAUCGGAUGUGACAUAUUUUCAUAUGGAGGAAAUGUGUACUUGGUCAUGAUGGAUGCUUACUCAAACUGGUUGGAGCUGGUUAAAAUGCCAUGUAAAUCAGCAACGUCUGUAAUAUCAGCAUGCAAAGACAUCUUCAGUAGAUUUGGCCCUCCUGAUAUAAUGGUAGCGGAUAAUGUCCCUUACAACAGUGCCCAAAUGAGGGAAUUUGCCCGUGAAUGGAAUUUUGAAAUUGUGACACGCAGUCCAGGCUAUGCACAAUCCAAUGGGCUUGCUGAAAGGGCAGUUGGAAUAGCCAAAGAGUUGAUAAGGAAAGUACAGUAUGACAAUAAGGAUUUGAAAAUGGCUUUAUUGGAGCUUAGGAACAUGCCCGUUAAGCAUCUGGGAUAUUCUCCAGCUCAGCUGAUGUUUCAACGCAGGUGUAAGACAACAAUCCCUGAGGAACUGCUGAAACCAACGCUGAAUGAUGGAGUACAAGACAGGUUAAAUACAAGACAACAGCUGCAGAAAAAAUACUAUGAUCGGUCAGCCAAGGACUUAAGGGUUGUAAGAAAUAACGAAAGAGUUGUCUUCAGAAAUGAAGGAAGGUGGGAGCAGGGAAAGAUUGUUAAUCAAGGACCAACUCCAAGAAGUUACUGGGUAGAAGGUGAUAACGGAGCUACAUUAAGAAGAAAUCGCCGCCAUCUGAAACCAUCACUCACUCAACAAAACAAUUCCCAGUCAGUUCCAAGGCAAGACGAGCCAGUACAACUAAGACCGCGUAGAGAAAUCAAGCUACCAUCAAGAUUUCAGAAUACAAUAUAA